GUCUCCUCGGUUUCUUGGCCAACGAGGCAUUAAUAACAGUCGUAGGUAUUGACUUGGGCGCGACGACUACCCUCUCCCGCACACUCACUCUUUCUCUGGUCCCUCACAUUCUUCGUAAAAUUUUCUGAAAAGAAUACUGGUGAAUUCACUUGGACUUGAUGGGGAAGACAAUUCACUUGUCUGGAUUCCCUUCUAGUGUGACUGCACAAGAAGUUCAGGAAUUUCUGGAGCGACAUACAGGUGAAGGUACUGUUUAUGCUAUUAAGAUUAGACCAAACAGAAGUGGGGGUCAACGAGCAAAUGCAACUGUUCAAUUCACCAGCAACAGACAUGCUGAGUCUAUUAUCUCCUUGGCUAAUGUACGCUUAUGGUAUGGGCGCUCUUAUUUGAAGGCAUGGGAAAGGGAGCGUGAUAUAGUACCAAAGCCAAGAACCUUUCUGCAUAGCUUGGAAAACAUAAUACUGCAUUUUGGCUGUCAGAUCUCAAAUGAAAAGUUUUCAAUCCUAUGGCGAGCAGUAAAUGUUUGUGUGAAUUUUGGGACUGGGUUGCGGAAAUUUCAAUUUGUUCUAUCGCUUAAUUCUGUGGAGUACAAGCUUGAAUUUUCCUAUGAGAACAUAUGGCAGAUUGAGUUGCAUCGCCCACGUGGUCAAACUGCAAAGUAUCUUCUGAUCCAGUUAUUUGGUGCUCCACGGAUUUAUGAGAAAGAUUCGCAGCCUUCAGACAAUUUAUAUGAAAAUCCCCUUUUCAAUUUUUUCAAGGAUAUCCCUGAUGACCAAUGGGUCAGGGGAGUGGAUUUUACCCCAUCAUGUUGCAUUGGGCAAUCUUCUUCAUUGUGUUUGGAGCUUCCUCAUGGCCACCAGCUUCCAGAUUUUCGGGAGAACUUUGCUUAUUAUAAAGAAAGUGAAGGAAGAUAUAUUCUGGAAAGUGGUUCUACUUUCUCUUGUAAUCUGGAUCUAGUUCCUAUUGUUGGCCCUUCUCCAGGUGUUGAUUUACCGUAUGAAAUCUUGUUUAAAAUUAACUCCUUGGUUCAGAAUGGCUGUCUUGCUGGACCAACACUUGAUGUUAGGUUUUAUCGCUUGGUUAAUCCACGUACUAUAAACAUUGACUGUAUAGAACAUGCACUGGACAAACUCUCUCAUAUACAGGAAUGUUGCUAUGACCCAUUGAUGUGGCUCAAUGAGCAGUACAGAAAGUACCUCAAAGCAAGGCAUCCUCCAAAGUCGCCUGCUAUAUCAGACUCUGGGUUGUGUUAUGUACGCAGGGUUCAGAUAACACCUUCGAAAGUGUACUUCUGUGGUCCAGAAAUUAAUGUAUCAAAUCGUGUGCUGCGCUAUUUUCGUGAUGAUAUAGAUAAUUUUCUCCGUGUCUCAUUUGUUGAUGAGGAUUUGGAUAAAAUGUUUUCAACAGAUUUAUCUUCUCGGGUGUCUUCUGCAAAUGAAGAUAGGAAAACUGGAAUCUACAAAAGGAUUCUUUCUGUUCUCAGAAAUGGCAUAGUUUUUGCUGGUAAGAAGUUUGAGACUCUUGCAUUCUCAUCAAGUCAGUUACGGGAUAAUUCUAUAUGGAUGUUUGCUUCAAGACAUGGGCUUACUGCUGCUGAUAUAAGAGCCUGGAUGGGAAAUUUUUGUCAUAUUAGAAACGUGGCAAAAUAUGCUGCCAGACUGGGUCAAUCCUUUGGCUCAUCCACAGAAACGCUUACGGUUCAUGCACGUGAAAUUGAAAUUAUACCUGAUGUAGAGUUAAAAUGGGGUGGAGUCAAUUAUGUUUUCUCUGAUGGAAUCGGGAAAAUAUCCGCUGAGUUUGCGAAGAAAGUGGCUUUGAAAUGUGGCUUUAAAGGAUCCCAUCCAUCAGCCUUUCAGAUUCGAUAUGGUGGGUAUAAAGGUGUUGUUGCUGUUGAUCCAACCUCACCAAUGAAAUUAUCAUUGAGGAAGAGCAUGUCCAAGUAUAAAGCAGAUAACCACAAGAAACUAGAUGUCUUGGCAUUUAGCAAGUUUCAGCCUUGUUUUCUGAAUCGCCAGUUGAUCACUCUGUUGUCUACCCUUGGUGUGAAGGAUAACGUUUUUGAGAAUAAACAAAGACAAGCUAUAGAACAACUGGAUGCUAUACUAAGAGAUCCAUUGAAGGCACAAGAGGCUCUUGAUUUGAUGUCCCCAGGAGAGAAUACUAACAUUCUAAAGGAAAUGCUCAUGUGUGGUUACAAGCCUGAUGCUGAACCAUUUCUUGCUAUGAUGCUGCAGACAUUCCGGGCAUCGAAAUUGUUGGAGUUGCGAACCAAAACAAGGAUCUUUAUUCCAGAUGGAAGAGCAAUGAUGGGAUGUCUAGAUGAAACUGGAACCUUAGAAUAUGGUCAGGUAUUUGUACAAUUUUCUAGCACUAGACACAAGCAGUCGUUCAAUGAUUCCAUCAUGUUCGGUGACCAUGGAUCCGAUCAGCAUUUUUUAGUUACAGGGAAGGUGGUGGUUGCCAAAAACCCAUGCUUGCAUCCAGGCGAUGUGCGUGUUUUAAGGGCUGUAAAUGUGCCGGCAUUGCACCAUUUGGUGGAUUGUGUUGUUUUUCCUCAGAAAGGAUUGAGACCACAUCCCAAUGAGUGUUCUGGAAGUGAUUUGGAUGGAGAUAUCUACUUUGUCUGUUGGGAUCCUGAACUUAUCCCACCUCGGCAAAACGAACCAAUGGAUUAUUCCCCAGCAAAAAGUAUGCAGUUGGAUCACGAUGUUACAAUUGAGGAAGUCGAGGAGUAUUUCGUCAAUUACAUAGUCAAUGACAGCUUAGGUAUUAUUGCCAAUGCCCACACGGCUUUCGCGGAUAGAGAGCCCCAAAAAGCAAUGAGUGGCCCAUGCAUAGAGUUGGCAAAACUAUUUUCAAUCGCUGUUGAUUUUCCAAAGACUGGCAUACCAGCUGAAAUUCCACGUGAGCUUCGGGUCAAAGAUUAUCCAGAUUUCAUGGACAAGCCAGACAAACCCACAUAUGAAUCACACAAUGUGAUUGGAAAGCUUUACCGGGAGGUGAAAGAUAUUGCUCCCAAUAAUGCUUCUUUUAGGUCCUUCACUGUAGAAAUGGCAAGGCGUUCAUAUGACCCUGACAUGGAAAUUGAUGGAUUUGAAGAUUUUGUCGAUGAUGCUUUCUUCUACAAAGACAAUUAUGAUUACAAGUUGGGGAACUUGAUGGACUAUUAUGGCAUCAAAACUGAGGCUGAAAUUCUCAGUGGGAAUAUUAUGAGAAUGGCCAAGUCUUUCACUAAGAGAAGAGAUGCAGAAGCAAUUAAUGUGUCUAUCAAGUCCUUGAGAAAGGAAGCUAGAGCCUGGUUCAACGAGAAGGGAAGUGGGUUGGAUUCUGGAGCUGAGGAAGUGUAUGCAAAAGCUUCAGCAUGGUACCAUGUCACGUAUCAUCCAAGUUAUUGGGGUUCCUACAAUGAGGGUAUGGAUCGAGAUCAUUUUCUCAGCUUUCCAUGGUGUGUCUAUGACAAGCUGGUCCGCAUUAAGAAGAAUAAAGCAAGUAUUACGAGGGCUCUGUACAUGUCUUCUUUGGAGCACCAGUUCGGUCAUGAAUUGCAUUUGUGAUGAGAAGCUCGCAUCGAUUGUCGCCUCUGGAACGUUUGAUGAUAUCUGCAGCUUGCAUUUCUCUUAGACCUUGUUGUGUGUGCAUGUGAAUAGGAAGGGAAGAACUUAACUCAACUACUUAAUAUUUACUUUUAUUGGCUAAUCUUUCAUCAGAUGUAAAAAUACCUAAGUUGAUGAUGAGACUCAAAAGUUGAUCGUUUUGUUGUAUAUGUCGUUGGUGUUAAGCUUCUCUUGGUGUAUGGUGACUAAAAGAAGUGGUUUUGAAGUCAUCAUUUCCUUUGAAGAUUAUGGGUUAAAGCACAUCUCUUCAGAUACUUC